AUGACUAAGUUCUUGAUCGUUGCUCUGGCGUUGAUAGCAGUAGCAGCUGCAGAGCCUGACUUGAGUGGUGGAAUUCGUCGCUCAGGAAUUGGAGGUGGAUUAGGUUCGGGCCACCAUGGCCUUGGAUACAGCGGCGGCAGCGGUUUAGGUGGCCGACAAUCUGGUCUCGGCGGUGGAUUGGGAUCUGUACAAGGAGGCUUCGGAGGACAAGGCAGCCGAGGUAUCGGCCAAGGAGGACUAGGAGGAGGUUACAGAAGUGGUGGAUUAGGUCAUGGAGGUCUCGGUGUUGGAUAUUAA